UGCUGACACAUAUCUUUCAAUCAUCUUCCUUCAUCUGUCAUCGAAAAUUAUGCCAUUGCAAUUAUCAUUCGUCCCUCUCAGACCAGAGAGAACUUAUCUAUCGUUUACCACGCUGUUCUUCCUCUAAUACCAUAUUUGUCUGCUUAGUAGCAUACCAGACAUUCCAUUUUAUUCUCCAAGCAGAAUGCAUUUCCAACGCGGUGUUACCAAUUCAGAAACCCAUGCAUUAACUAAUGGAGGCCACGGAAUCUCGCCCAUCUCCUUUCCCUAUCAACAAACAGUAAUAUCACCCCACACCCAAAAUUCUUUUUCUCUAAAUCGUUUUGGUUUAGAUGAUUUUUCUGCACUACAAGCUGUAACUCAGGCAUGGUCUUUGAGCAAUGGUGGUGAAGGUUCUGUUAAAGUGAAUGAUGGCCAACCUGGGCUUGAUGACCUCAGUGCAUUAGUCCAGAAAUGCAAAGCCAAAGAGCCUCCCUCUUCCUUAGAAAGAUCUCCUUUUUCACUCCAUGGCCCUCAACUUUGCUACAAAAGUGGAUCAGACAUAACACAGCAAUUGUAUUCCUCUAAGCGAAGGAGAGUCAAUGGAGAAGAAUCCCUCAAAGGGAAACUAUCUUGUGGAGGUUUAAGUUCAUCAAGGGAGAAUCACAUUCUUUCAGAAAGACUGCGCCGCAGUGAAAUGAAUCACUUGUUUUCACAAAUGUUUUCUUUGUUGCCAAGUCCUCCGGCCAAGGUAGACAAGGCGUCCAUUCUAUCAGAGACAAUAAACUAUAUUCAAUCUCUCCAACGACGUCUUGCCAUUCAUUCUGAGAAACCUGCAAGCCGCUUAUUGUCUACCCAAACAGGAGGCAGUGUCCAUCCCAGCAUAAAAAGCAAAAGAAACUCGGUUGUGGAAUCUGAUCAAAAUCCAGAGAAUUUGAGGUUUAUCUGCAACGGUCAAGACAUGUUUAUUACAAUGAACUGCAUGCAGAAGGCGAAGCUUUUACCUUCCAUUAUAUUGGUCCUCGAGACCCAUAACAUGCAUGUCAUGGAUAUGUUUGUCACGACUACUGAUACAGAGAUUUUUUAUUGCCUCCAUGUCAAGGCAGAGGAGAUUCUGGAUAAUACAACCAAAGAAACUUUACAUGAAGCCUUGCACAAGUAUAUGAAGCAAGUAUGAGAAAAGUUUCCAACCCAUGGCAUUCUUUUGUUAAUGCUCAGAAAAAGAUCAAUACGAUUAUACAGUGUAAGAGGUAGAUUAUGUAUGGUAUGCUUUCUGUGUGAGUAAUAAAGGCCAUGGACAGUGACUUGUGUAAGAUAUAAGGCAAUAUAGUUAUGCCUUUGAGAACUGGACUGACCCCUAUUUCUGCCAUUUUUGGAGGCACAACAUUCAUGAAAUGAUUAUAAAUAGAGCCAGAUAUUAUAUGGUUCUAUUCUGUCAGUGGUUUCAUAUUUUUUC